AUGGCCCCAAGAGUGUUUCGCCGCUCGAAAGUCGAGGACCGGCACGGGCGCCAGCAUGAAAUUAUGGUGAAUCACCCGAUUCCUGAAGGGACCCAGCUACCGUAUAUCGCGGCGGGCCAGCCGAAUUCAGAAGCUCCACGGCCCGACGGGGCCGAUCUGAUCGAUGAAAUGGAGCAGGAAAUGGCGACUGUCAAUAUCGCGCGAAAACGGCACAGUGGCGUGUGUGCCCACUGUGGCAAUGCGGGGCACGGCCGUAAAAGUUGUCCGCGACGCGACGAUCCGCGUUUCACCUACUGCAAAAAUUGCAAGUCCGAAGGCCACCUCCAGACGCACUGCCCGAACCCGCCGGCCCCCGAGCCGCCAAAGCCAGGCCGCAAUCACGGGUCUUCCGGAAAAAUCCGACACCGCGCCACGUUUGUCCCGACCCGGCAUACGGUAGAUGAACUCCGGGACGCGCAAGUGCUUGUCGGACCCGACAUUAAUUCUGUCAACAUGUGGACGAAGCCGAGCGAGAAGCUGAGUGUCCGCCGGACGCCCGGAGUGGCGCAUGGGAGUUUCGAGGAGCUGGAGCUACAACCGUUUCUGAUGAGCAACAUCCGGGACGCAAGUUUCGAUCACCCGACUCCGAUCGAGUAUUUUGGCAUCCCGAAGAUGGUGGCAAUGGACCCGGAAACGGGUCUAUUAAUGCACGAAGCGAUGAUUUGGAGCUCUCAAACAGGGGCCGGUAAAACUACCGCUUAUGUUCUGGGACUCCUGGAGUUGCUGACACGCGGGGAAGCUCCCCGCGAAGCGGCAGAAAAUCCUCGCGCCUGCCAGCCCCGCGCCAUCAUCAUCGCCUCAAUCCACGAGUUGGCCGAGCAGAUCGCCAACGAGGGUCGUAAAUUCGCAGCGGGUAGCGGGCUGCACGUCGAGGCACUUUACGGCGGGACGUUGGUGAAUAAUUGCAUCGAUCGACUGGAUAAGAAUAUCGACAUUGUCGUGGCGACGAUCGGGCGACUCCAGGAUUUCAUGGAACGGGGCCUGCUCGACACGAGUCGCUUGGAAUAUCUCGUGGUCGACGAAUUCCACGAAUUUGUCGACUCCUGGAAGUCCGCCUCGAUGACGAUCGACUUUAACAGGUUUUUAAACCGACUGGGAGAUUUUGCUCCGGCCAGCGAGCGGCCGUACGCAGUCCUGCUCACGUCGGCGGCAAUGAACAUGAAUUUGCGGAGGGUUGGGAAGAGAUUGUUAACGAUUGAAGAAUUCGAAUAUGUGGGGCCAGAUAAUCACGAUGGCGGCUCAUGCUAUUGCCCAAUUUACCUCAACGACAACGAUCCAGAAAAUCUGGACGUCUUCUCGAUCUCUGUGGGCCGGGAUAUGACGGCGAAUCCGCUCAUUGAACAGAACUUUGUCGACGCCCGAGAGAUUGGACGUAAUGGAAUUCUGGAUCGCAUUGAAGCGAUUUUGCGGGAACAAUUUGAAGUUAUCGCCGAUUCGCCCAAAUACGAGGUCACUGAAGAGGUGAUUGAUCAGAAUGGCAAGCCUGCUACGGUGACGCGCCACUAUUUUGAACUUCGCCAUAAAAAAGAUGAUCAAGGGCUCCUGACAAAAACACUGAUUUUUGUUAAUCGAAAAACAGAUGCCUCCAGCUUAUCCGAACAGCUUAAAGCGAUGGGCUUCGAAAAUAAAUGUUUCCACAGUGAUCUGGAAGAGUUGGAUCGAGCCCAGAAUUAUAAGGAUUUCUCGGAUGGCAGAAUCCCCGUCCUCGUCGCGACCAACGCCGCAGCAAACGGGCUCGAUUUUGGGGCACGCGGCGUGCAGCACGUCAUCAAUUUUGAGUUGCCAUCUACUUACGACCACAAAUUCACGUAUAUCGAGCGGAUCGGGCGCACCGGUCGCGCCGGAAAACCCGGCCGUUCCACUACGUUUUUUGUCGAAGACCUGACGGAUGUAAGGUGGCAUCGUAGAUGGAGACUCGUGCUGAUGGCCCGCUGGUUGGCUGAUUUACUGACCAAUAUGCGCCGGGACGUGCCCCAGUUCAUUCUGGAUACGGCGAACGGCCUCGACUCCCACCAUCGCCGGGUGGGGGUGCCGAAUCUGCGGAUGGCCGAACACUUCUUGCUCCAAGCGCGACGCGAGCACUUUUUGAGAAGC